UUUCUACUUUGAAAAAUAUAAAAUUAUUUCUGAAAUUAAAAAAAGAAAAAAAGCUGUACAGUGAAUCGAAGCCGCCAUGGACCUUUUGAGUGGGCCAAAUGUUGCAGUCCAAUCUGGCAUACACACGUUUUGAUUCCAUUCUCCAUUCUCUGCGUACGCGAACUGCCUAUUCAAAAUCAGACAUCCAUCACAUCCUACCAAAAUCUCUGCCUUUCUCAGCCGGCAACCUCAGAUGGCCGAAUCCAAAACAGACCAAACAACACACUUUCUGUCAGAUGAAGUGAAAGCACCCAAUUUGUUUGAAAGAGCAAAGGAAGAGAUUGAAGCAAUUCUUCAUUCUGAGAAAUCACCUCAGCAUCACGAGGAAACUCAUGGCAAGCGAAAUGAUAUUGAUGAAAACACUCCUUUAGAUGCUGUUAGAGCUCCAAAUGUGUUUGAGCGAGCAAAGGAGGAGCUCGAGGCUCUCGUUCAAACAAUCCAUCCCAGGAAAGAGUCUCCAACCCAUGAAAGACGGGAAGAAACCACAAAGACAGAAUCCAAGCAGGAUGAAGCAGAUUCUCAGUCAGAGAACAACAUUCAGGGGCCCAAUUUUAUUGAGAAAGCUAAGGAAAAGAUUGAAGCAACUACACCCCAUCAUAAGUCAUCACACUAUCAUCAUAAGGAAACUCAUGGAACAAGUGAUGAUAUUGAUGAAAAAACCCCAAUAUAUGAUGUGAAAGGACCAAAUGUUUUUCAUAGGGCAAAAGAAGAAAUCGAAGCCGUUAUUGAAACAAUUCAUCCUAAGAAAGAUCAUGCGAGUUCUGUUUCUUCACCAAAGAAAGAAGGUGGAUUCAGUUUUUAUAUUGGAAGAAUGUUGGAAAAAGUGUGCUCUCCGCAGGGUAGUAAGAGAGAUUAAUUAGUUGUAAAUUGUGGUAAAGUUCUGAUUUUUCUUCCUUUUUUUUUUUUUUUUUUUGGGGUUCAAAAU